AGUCACUGUUACAAAACAGGAUUCAUCUGCGAUGUCAUCAACAAAUGAAUGGCAGCCGAGUGUCAUUGUUAAAAAAGGUAGCACUGUAAUAACAGUAGUCUAACAUGUAUCUCCGUUUACUACAUUUUAGUAACGAUCUAGUUGGCGUUAGACUCUAAUUAUAAGCAAUUCAUACAUUUUCCCAACUGUACCUGAAGGCAUCUUUGUUUUUUGCGUUGGUCGUCAUCAAGGAAGCUUCGCCUGACUAUAUCCAGCACUCACACAGACGAAUGUAUUUAUCCGUUGAAGGGAGAUGUCUGCUCUGUCUUCAGAGAUGGAGUCUCUGAACUGCGUCAUAUGCCUGGACCGUUUCAUGAUCCCGGUGACAAUCCCCUGCGGCCACACCUUUUGUCAUAAGUGCAUCACCAUCCACUGGGACACCAAAAGCAAGUCCCAAAUCGGACCCCAGUGCCCGAUCUGCAAUGAGAAGUUUGCCACCCGGCCCGUUCUCAAGCGCAACGUGUCCAUGUCGGUCCUGACCGAGGCUGCGAACAGCGCGGGCCCCUCCUGUCCAGAGUUGCUCAUGAGGGGGGCCGAAGGGACCAAGCUGCUGUGCGACCGCCAUAAAAAACCUCUGGUUUAUUACUGCAGGCAUGACAAGAUGUCCGUGUGUUGCGAGUGCGGCAUCUCUGAAUGCGUGAACCAUGAGAAGGUCAUGCUGGAGGAGGAAAGGGGUGCCCAAGAGCUGCUGCUGAAAAGGAAGAGGGAGGAGGUGGAGAAACUCACCGAGGAGACGCAGAAAAGUAUUUCGGACAUGGUUGAGAAUAUCGUCCAAGCUAAGGUGACUCUUCAGCAGACUUCUACCUGGGUCAGUGUCAAGUUCUCCUCCCUGAUUAAAAUACUGGUUGAGAAGCAGGAGGCUACAGAGCUCUUUGUUGAGGGGCAGAGAGAAGCUGCCGUCGCCGAGGCGGAGGCGAGGCUGGCUGAACUCGAGGAGCGCUCCCGGAUACUCCGAGAGAGCCAGGGACAGAUAGCAGCUGUGCUUGUCCUCUCUGAUACAGAUCUCAUCAAGAGAUCAAUGAUCCUCGAAGUUCCACGUUUCAAAGAUAUUCCCACAGACGUCACGCCGAACCUUCAAGAUCGACUGACCGGGGUCACCGACGUCCUGUCCAGAGUCUCUAAGCUGGUGUUUGAGGACCUGGAGAAAGCUGUGAGCGCCGCUGUGGGUCCGGACGAAGACGGUUCUCCUCAGGAUAAGAGGCCGGUCCUAGCUGUCGUUCCCAGUCCAGCUGCUCCGUGCCACCCGGGUGGGAAGGAGGGCCUCAAUGCUUACCGGUGCUCUCUGACCUUUGACCCCUGCACGGCCAACGGGCACCUGUUUCUCUCCCAGGAGGACCGCAGGGCGGAGCACCUGACCUCUGGGCCGCGCCCCGUUCCGGUCCAUGAAGCGCGCUUCGAUCACACGUGGCAGGUGCUCUGCUUACAGGGCUUCACUCGUGGACAGCACUACUGGGAGCUGGAGGUGUCCAAGCCCUGGGCCUACCUGGGGGUGACCUACGAGACCAUCCCCAGGAAGGAGAAGGGCAAGAGGUGCAUGGUGGGUAUGAACGAGCUGUCCUGGAGCCUGCAGCUGGACGAGCAUCAGCUCAGCGCCUGGCACAACGGCCGGCGGGAGACUCUGGCCGGAGCCUCGCAGCACGGCCGCAUCGGCAUGCUGCUGGACUACGAGGCGGGCACCCUCACCUACUACGGAGACGGGCAGACCAGGCUGCACGCGUUCCACUGUGCCUUCAGCCGGGAGCUGUUCCCCGCCUGCUGGAUCGGCGAGGGGGUCAGCGUCACCCUCUGCUCCACAUGAGCGGACUCACAAAAGGGAACGUGAAGAAGAAGAGGAAGAAGGGAGCUCGGUAAUAAUACGCACUAUCAAACAAAGGCACUAGCUGACUCGGCAUAGAGGAUCCCCCUGAAACAUUUAGGUUUUAUAUUAUUUUCUUUUCCUUUUUCUUCUCUUUACAAUGACUGCCUUCCGAUAAUGUUUGAAGCAGAAGAACUGAUUAUAAUCGGCCGUGUCCUCAAACUGUCCACCUGGCUUCGACCUGUUACACAAUUACAGCAAAGGAACUGGUCCUAAAGAGCCUAAUGCUGCGAGUAGAUUACAUACAAAGGCAAUAUUAAUAUUAUGAACCCAAACACGAGGGCGUUUGAUGUUCCGACGUUUUGUGGGACUUCCACGGCGUGUACAAAGCAGAACUCGUGGUUAUUUCUUCCAUGGUGGAUGGCAGAAAUGCUAACUGUUUCUAUGGAGAUAAGCCACUCCUCCUCUCCGGCGUGUCUAGCGCGAAGGCCGCGAAUAACCACAAAUAGUGGAAAAGUCGCUUGGCUUUUGGUGUGAACGCACCAUUAGUUAUUUUUUAAGGAUGGCAAUACUUCAUAGUGAAGAUGAAAUAACCCUCAUCUUUGGAUAGACGUCUGCUUUUCCCGGAGGAAAAGCCCAAACUCCUCAACUCAGUGUGUCAGACUGUUACUACUUCCACUACACUAAACUGAGGUUGUAUUGCAAGGCAGUACACAUUUAUUACAGGCGUCUCCUACAGUGGAAUCAGUUCUUCCUUUGUGUUGCUUUUAGACUGCUGGACUCCUGAGGGAUAUUUGGUGACCGGGUGACUUGUUGCACUUGACUGUUUUACUGUGCCUGACUGGUCACCUCGAAAGAGAGUUGGACGAGAAGAUCAAGACCAGGUCGAUAAGAAGCUACAGCCGGUUAGCCUAGCUUAGCAUGAAGACUGAAAACGGCUACGCUGGCUCUGCUCAAGGGAAUGAAAUCUGCAUACCAGCACCUGUAAAGCCCACUAAUUAACGUGUUACCUGGCAACCAGUGGGGACCAAAGGAAGUCAAAUAAAUAGUCCCCAGCAUUCCAUAAAACAUAGUUUUUUUUUACCCCAUGGAUUCAAAUCGGUGCUGGUUGGUGACUUGUUACCUGUUUGGACAAAGCAAGGCUGUUUCCAGUCUUGAAGCUAAGGUUAGCUGUACAUUUAUACUGGGCAGACACACAGUCAGAGCAGUCUAAGAAAAAGCCAGAGACCUUUUUUGCAUUGCUGUUAGAAGCCAUUUGUUGAUAACAAAUAAUAACUUAAUACAUCGCCCUUGCUGUCUGGAAAUUCUGGUUGUACUUGAAUUUUUAAAAUGUUAAAGAUGAUCAAGGGUGCACAAACCUUUCACAGCCUUUUUUUCUUCUUCUUUCUUUCUCCCACAGCUUUUGUUCCUGGGCAGAAUUCACCCACGGAAGGAUAUGAGCCAGUUGAUCAUGUUGUGCGUACGGGACGAUAAGUCACUGCUGGAUGUAGUGAAUAUAAUUCAUUUUAUUAGGCACUGCACUGCCCCCCCCUCCCUUGUACCGUGAGCACCGUAGGUGCCACCAAACCGUGGGCUGGACAUUACUACUGAGACUACAGAACUGAAAAAUGGAAUAACUGUUUUUCUCAUCUUGGGAUUUUAGCAUGAAUGCACAUGCAAUUGGCCUGUACAGUUUUCAACCUUUUAAUGCUGACUGUUGUGAUGGAAUCUGCUGUACUGUACAAAUAUUUUUUUUUAAAUGGGCUUUUGGCCUUUUUAAAAAAAAAAGAAGAAAAAAAAUGAUGAGCACUUGAGAGAAUAGCUGUGACCUUGAGACACUCCAGGCUCAGGACAUCAUGCAUCAGUAUUUGGGAAAGCUGCUGUGGAUUUGCACAAGUUGUCCAAGAACACAAACUUCUAAGAAAGGGAAAAGCACAUUUCCAGGGCUGUUUGAGCCUCAUGACAUGAAGCAUAACCUCUAGAAUAGGUGUACGUUACGUACGCUCAUGCACCAUGCUGUGUUUAAGUGAUUGAAUACCCAUCAAUUUGUGAUCGAGCGAUGCUCGGUGUGGAAAUAAAAAGGCAAAGAAAGUUGUUUUUGUUCAUGAAUCAAGAUCCAUUUAAUAAAAUCCAAUCCAAUGCAUACAUGCAUCAGUUGA